AGCAACCCAAAUAACCGACACUAUGAUGUGAUAUUUGACAUGGUCCUUUCUUUUUUUGGCUGGGUUUCAGACUGGAGGCAUGUACUACAAAUAAGGAUUGGAUAGUUGGCAAGUUUCCUGAUGGCUCAACAGACAACAGCAGGGCGGCGCUGCCUGCGAGCAUUUGUUAGUGGAUUCUUUGUUGCCGUCCCUGUCACAGUCACUGUCCUUGACCGCGUUGCCUACGUUGCACGAGUGGAGGGAGCGUCAAUGCAGCCAUUCCUCAACCCAGAAGGGGGGUCUGAGUGUGAUGUCGUCCUGCUGAACCGUUGGAGUGUCAGGAACUACCAAGUACAACGAGGUGACAUCGUCUCCGUUCUGUCCCCCAGAAAUCCCCAGCAGAAGAUCAUCAAGCGGGUCAUUGGCUUGGAGGGAGAUUUCAUCAGGACUCUGGGCUACAAGAACCGAUAUGUUCGGGUUCCCGAUGGUCACUUCUGGAUUGAAGGGGAUCAUCAUGGACACAGCCUGGACAGCAACAGCUUUGGACCGGUGUCUGUGGGGCUGCUUCAUGGCCGGGCCUCUCACAUAAUCUGGCCACCAAAUCGCUGGCAACGGAUUAAACCAUCCCUCCCGCCAAACCGAGGACCCCUGGACACAGAGGAGGAAGAGGAAUGACCCUACCCCACACACACACAUAAACACAGUUUCUGUAAAAACACAUUCUUACAAUACAUUGUAUAUCUUAUUUUUUCUAAAAUAUCACUCAGGAGAAGAAAGAUACUCUGUGAAUAUGUGAGUCAGAUUAUUACAUUGCUUUUAUAUAAACUGUAUUGACUACAUUCUGAGUUUGUGUUUUGUUAAUUCUUGCUACAGUCCUGUUGUGUUUGAUCUAAAGGUUCACCAGGACUCUUUGAAAACAGGCAGAAGAAAAUGGUGUUAGGAUUAUUUGUUGUUGUAAUACUCAUUUUGACCACAAGAGGUACCACUACUGCAUUCAAAAUUGAGCUAAAUUCUUUGAAGCUUUCUUCCAAGCGAGUUCCAAGUCAAGGUGCGUAAAGUGUUGUACUGUCAUGUACUUAAUUUGGCAAACAAACGUCCACUAUAAACAGAGGAAUCUCUGUCUACCUGUGAUUUAAUUCUGGACAACUACUAAUCUGAUCAGCUUUAUGAGCAUGCAAAACUUUGCUUUUUUGUUACUAAGAACCCAUGUAAGUGCAUUGUGUUUUGUGAUUAUGUUUUUGCUCCUAUGCUCCUGAGGACUUCCAUAGUGACCAGAAUCUAAUGUGAAAACCCACUGUAAAAAAAAAAAAAAAAAAAAAGUGUUAUUUCCAUUUAUGGAUGUUUUACAGCUAAGCUCCUUUUAGGUCUCUUCUCUCAGUGGGAAGUUCACGUUCAUGACCUCAAGUAAUAGCGUGAAUGUAAUUAUUUUCAAGUAUGUGCAAUGGGAGAAAGCCAUAUCUUUGAGAUAUCUGCAAAUCUAUUUUCACUUUGCUUAUGUUGCUGGUGUUGUCAACUCUUGGCAGAGGUUCACAGAAACUUUCUGUUCUUUAUUAAAUGCUUUCAGAGAACAAAACGAGUCUGUAACCUGUAGUCAUAUCAACAAGGUUGCCUCAAGUCUCAGCUACAGAGAAAGCACACGUCUGCCCUGCUCUCCAACAGCAUAAUUGAUUUCCAUAAAUCAAACUGAGGGGGCACUUGUGAUAUAUUCAGACAAAUGGAGCCCUUAAAUGUAGCUGUUGAUCCUGUGGUGCUAACAGCUGUGUCACAUAUAAUAAUUGGACCCUGAAAGGAACAAGUAGAGCUAAAUGCAGGUGCACUCAACCCUCCCAGUGAGGCUGCACACAACAGAGGGCUCACAUCUGCAUAAUUGAUUCACUUAAAUGCCCUGUGAAUGUCUGUGUCAAAUGAAUCUGACGUUAAAGAUAAUGUUUGAGGUUUAUGAAAGAGGACUGCACAUAAACUGCAACAUCCAGACCAAAAUGAAUUUAAUUUCCACUGCACACAUUGCUGUUGUACUCUUUAGCUCUGACUGAGUAACAUCCACUUAGGGUAAUAAAGCUUGUGUUUGUGCA